UGGCAGCACGGCGCCGCAGACUUGACACGGCCCGUCUGUCAGGAGGACCUCGUUGUUGGCGUGCGUGUGUGUGGGCUCACUCCCGAUCCCGGGAUCUUUUCCCCCCUUUUUUUUUAAACUGUCUGUCCCUUCUGGAAAACUGAACGAGUAUUAUGGCGACCUGCGGCGAGUACAUCCGCAGCGAGUUCCCGACGAUAGACGACGAUCUGUAUCAGUACGUGCAAGGUAUCCUGGACAGCUCCAAGGAGGACUUCGAGGACGUCGACGAGGUGUACGAGGCGAUCGGACAGGUGCUGCACGAGGUGGCGGACAAAUCAGAAAACGAGGUUAGGCAAAUAUGCGCGAGACUGUUGGAAAUAUUGAAAGGUAGUUCGAACGACGACGACGACAUGGACAGGAGAAGAAACGGCGUGAACAAAGUAUUAAACGCCCCGGUGCACCUCGGCUCGCUGGCCGCCACCUUGGAGGCGCAAGUCGAGCAGAUUAAGAGUAUAUGGGUUACGACCAGGGACGACGUGAUGAAAGUGGAUGCCAAGAAGCUGGAGAAGGCCGAGGCCAAGCUGCAGCAGAAGCAGGAAAAGCGAAUCGUAAACGAGCAGGGCUCGGCUUCCCGCGUCAACACUGCCAAUCAUUUGCCCGAGAGCAGCGCCAGCGCCAGUCAAAUGACGAGUAAGAAGGACAGUCGGAUGGAGAUGAAGGGCGGAGUGAACAAGACCCAGGAUAUCAGGAUAGAGAACUUCGAUAUCGCCUUCGGCGAUAGGGUACUGCUGCAGGGCGCCGAUCUGUUGCUUACAUUCGGCAGACGAUACGGUCUGAUCGGUAGAAACGGGCUCGGCAAAACGACCUUGCUGCGAAUGAUAUCGAGCAAGCAGCUGAGAAUACCGUCGCACGUGCGGGUGUUGCACGUCGAGCAGGAGGUGGCCGGCGACGACACGUCCGCGCUCGAGUCCGUUCUCGAGUGCGACGAGGAGCGGUGCGCGUUGCUCAGCCAGGAGGCGAAGCUGCAGGCGGCGAUAGAGAGGGACGGCUCCAAGGCGGGCGACACGCUGGGCGAGGAACUGGCCCGGGUGUACGAGGCGAUGCAGCUGGCCGAGGUCGACAAGGCGCCGGCCAGGGCGAGCGCGAUCCUGUCGGGGCUCGGAUUCGCCGUCGAGAGGCAGUCCUGGCCGACGAAGGCGUUCUCCGGCGGCUGGCGGAUGAGGCUCGCUCUCGCGAGGGCGCUGUUCUCCAAGCCGGACCUGUUGCUGCUCGACGAGCCGACGAACAUGCUUGACAUCAAGGCGAUACUGUGGCUGGAGAGGUAUCUGCAAACGUGGCCGAAAACGCUGCUCGUAGUGUCGCACGACCGAAAGUUCUUAGACACAGUGCCCACUGAUAUCCUGUAUAUGCGCGCACAGAAACUAGAGCCGUAUAAAGGCAAUUACGAGCAAUUCGCGAAGACGAAAGGCGAACGCGAGAAGAACCAGCAACGAGAGUACGAGGCGCAAAUGGCAAAGAGAGCGCACGUACAGGAGUUUAUCGACAAAUUUAGAUACAAUGCAAAUCGCGCGGCUAGUGUACAAAGCAGGAUAAAGAUGUUAGAUAAGUUGCCUGAAUUAAAGCCAGUAGAAAAGGAGAGCGAGGUGACCAUCCAUUUCCCCGACGUCGAGCCGCUGAAUCCGCCGAUACUGCAACUCAACGAGGUCUCGUACAGCUACAACGGCACCGACAUGAUAUUCAACAACGUGAACCUCACUGCCAAUCAGGAGUCGCGCAUCUGCAUCGUCGGGGAGAACGGCGCGGGUAAAACCACCCUCCUGAAGAUCAUCACGGGCGCGUUGAGUCCGACGCGGGGCACCAUGCACGCGCAUCGAAAUCUGAAGUUCGGAUACUUCAGCCAGCAUCACGUCGAUCAACUGGACAUGCGCGUUUGUCCCGUCGAGUUGCUGCAGAUGCAUUUCCCCGGCAAACCAAUCGAGGAGUACAGGCGAAUGCUCGGGAGUUUCGGUAUAAGCGGCAAUCUGGCCCUGCAGACCAUAAACUCUCUUUCGGGAGGGCAGAAGUCGAGGGUGGCGUUCGCCGUGAUGUGUGCCGCAGUGCCGAAUUUCCUGGUGCUCGACGAGCCCACGAAUCAUCUCGAUAUCGAAUCGAUCGAAGCGUUGGGGAAAGCCCUCAACAGCUGCCAAGCUGGUGUAAUAUUGGUGUCGCACGACGAACGCUUAAUCCAAAUGGUUUGUACAGAAUUGUGGGUUUGCGACAAAGGAUCGGUUCGAUGUAUCGAGGAGGGUUUCGAAGAGUACCGCAGGAUUAUUGAAAGGGAGCUUGAUUUAUGAAAAGAAGAACGUUAAGUUUCGUCUAAUGUGAUAUUAUCGUCAUCCUUACGUUGUCUUACGCAGAAUAAAUGCAUCAUGGUAGAAGUUUCAAAGGUGUAACCGCCUUAACUGAAAUUAUAUCGCGGCUAUUAUUAUUUGCUUCCUUUCGAGACACAUUUCAUCUCGCCAAAGGUAUCUUAUUUAUUUUUAAAUGCCUUUUUCCCCGAAAAGAAAAAUGUAAUGACCAUUAAUUAUGUAUGCAUGCAUGACUUAUUUAUUAACUUAACGCGUCUCUUCCCUUUUGAUAACUACAGAAUGUAAUUCUUGCUCUGAAGAAUUUGUUACUAUCGAAUUGUAUUUAUGCUUUCCCUAAAAUGCAUUGUAUUAAAACGAACUGCUCGACUGCGCGCGUGUGUGACGGUCGAAAAUAUGCAAUAGAAGAUUUACACAUUUAAUAUUACUCUAUUAUGAAGAAAGUAAUAAAAGAUAUUGUUAGAUAAAAGAAUGUUCUAUUUUUUCAUUUGAGAAAUAUACCGCUGCUUACCAUCCUGCAUGUA